AUCCCCUCUCUCUUUCUCCCUCGCUCUUUCUCUCUCAGGGUCCUCUCCUCUUUCUUUGAGUACUGCAGAGGCACGGCUGCAUCGUGCAUCGCGGAGGAGAGGAGAGCGGGAGAAAAGAGAAAGAACCCUCAGCGCGCGGGUACUAACUACCUACAUUCCUGUGUCGCGAGGGAAACUAGGGGAAAUCGACUGGAAAAGCACACAGCUGGCUCCCUGCGAUGUUGUAACGAACUGCCUAUUUUCUGUAGUCGACAGAUGAGCUGUGACCAGAUCUAACCACAGUCUGCAUGGUGAUCUCUAUUACUGGAACUCAGCUGUCUUCACCGCUCAACCUUGUCACUGCUCCCAUCCCACUGCCGUAGAGAUCUGCUUUCCCUCACCACAGCAGCAACAGCUAGCGAUCCUAGCCAACACUAGCACCAUUUGAACCACCUCCAAACUUACUGUGGUUUGCUGCAACUGAAUUGCCAUUCAGUAACUUACACUCUGAUACUUCAGAAGAAUGUAAGCAAGUAGGCUAACGUAAGUUAAGUUUCUGACAGUUAAGUUGUCCUCCACUGCAGUUCUUUGGCAGAAAUUCUUGCCAAUGAGAAUUGGUUCCCAACUGACCUAGCAGGUUAGAUAAAGGACAAAUAAAGACAAAUAGAUAGAUAGAUGACCAAUCAGAGUUAGUGAGAUGGAUGAGUCGUACAACAACAGGAUGUCGCUGGUGAAGGGCGCCAAAGACAUCGCCAAAGAGGCCAAACGCCACGCCGCCAAGAAGGUCAGCAAGAUCGUGAACCGCGCCACGGACGAGUACUCCUCCCAACGCAACUACAGCCAGUUCCAGAACGAGGACAAAGACAAUGACGACAUGUGCUACACACAGCCCGACAGCAACGGCCACUUUCCCUGCAGCCGCACAGCCAACGGCGAAGACGGCGAACACUACGCCAGUGACGCCACAGAGGGUCACGAUGAUGAAGAUGAGAUCUACGAGGGGGAGUACCAGGGGGUGCCUGCUUACACUGACAGGAUGCCCAGGGAUGGGCAGGAUUCUCUGGGUCAACCUGUCUCAGACAGCCUGAGGGACCGUAAGGAGCUGGAGCUGGAGAGGCAGGCAGACGAGGAGGAGCUGGCCCAGCAGUAUGAACUGAUCAUGCAGGAGUGUGGCCAUGGCAGGUUCCAGUGGCAGUUGUUCUUUGUGCUGGGCAUGGCGCUGAUGUCAGACGGUGUUGAGGUGUUUGUGGUGGGGUUCGUCCUGCCCAGCGCCGAGACUGACAUGUGUGUUCCCAACUCUGGAGCUGGGUGGCUAGGUAGCAUAGUGUACCUGGGGAUGAUGGUGGGGGCGUUCUUCUGGGGGGGUCUGUCAGACAAGGUGGGCCGUAAACAGUGCCUGCUCAUCGCUAUGUCUGUCAACGGCUUCUUCUCCUUCCUCUCCUCCUUUGUCCAGGGGUACGGCAUGUUCCUCUUCUGCCGCAUGUUUUCCGGCUUCGGGAUUGGUGGGGCGGUCCCCAUCGUGUUCCCCUACUUUGCGGAGUUCCUUGCGAGGGAGAAGAGAGGAGAGCACCUGAGCUGGCUCUGCAUGUUCUGGAUGAUAGGAGGGAUCUAUGCCUCGGCAAUGGCCUGGCUCAUCAUACCACACUAUGGAUGGAGUUUCAGUAUGGGCUCCGCCUACCAGUUCCACAGUUGGAGAGUGUUUGUGGUGGUGUGUGCUCUACCCUGUGUGUGUGCUGUCGUAGCACUCACCUUCAUGCCCGAGAGCCCACGAUUCCUCCUAGAGAUGGGUAAACAUGACGAGGCAUGGAUGGUGCUGAAACAGAUCCAUGACACCAACAUGAUGGCCCGUGGAGAACCAGAGAAAGUCUUCACCGUGAACAGAAUAAAGCUCCCUAAGCAUCUGGAUGAAUUGGUAGAGAUGCAGUCAGACUCAGUCAGACUUGGCAAAGUCCUCUUCAGGAUCAGGACUGAACUCAGAGGGAUCUGGUUAACAUUCAUGAGCUGUUUCAACUACCCAGUGAAAGACAACACCAUCAAACUGGCCUUCGUGUGGUUCACACUGUCUUUUGGGUACUAUGGCCUAUCAGUGUGGUUCCCUGAUGUCAUCCAUCACCUGCAGUCUGAUGAGUAUGCCUCUAGAGUGAAGACUCACAACAACGAACAUACAGAAGACUUCACCUUUAACUUCACCCUGGAGAACCAGAUACACACCAACGGAGUAUUCGUCAACGACAGGUUCAUCAGUAUGAAGUUGAAGUCCGUCACCUUUAUAGACUCCACGUUUCAGAACUGCUACUUUGACGACGUGUCAACAGUGGGCUCAUUAUUCAAGAACUGCACCUUCGUAGAAGCCUUCUUUUAUAACACAGAUAUUGACGAUUCUAAGCUGGUGGGGUCGAGGGUGAUCAACAGUUCGUUCCACCACAACAAGACGGGCUGUCAGAUGACCUUUAAUGAUGACUACAGCGCCUACUGGGUCUACUUGGUCAACUUCCUGGGGACGCUCGCCGUGUUGCCCGGCAACAUAGUCUCCGCCCUUCUCAUGGACAAGAUAGGGCGCCUGAGCAUGCUGGGGGGCUCCAUGGUGCUGUCAGGCAUCAGUUGUUUCUUCCUGUGGUUUGGGACAAGUGAGUCUAUGAUGAUCUUCAUGCUGUGUCUUUAUAACGGCCUCAGUAUAUCAGCCUGGAACUCCCUGGACGUUGUUACUGCUGAGCUCUACCCGACUGACAGGAGGGGUACAGGUUUUGGGUUCUGUAAUGCCAUCUGUAAGCUGGCAGCGGUGUUGGGGAACCUGAUCUUCAGCUCUCUGGUUGGCAUCACAAAGACCAUCCCCAUCCUGCUGGCGUCGGCUGUACUAGUGGGAGGAGGCCUGGUGGGACUACGACUGCCUGACACACGCGGCAACGUCUUGAUGUAGAACUACACUACCCAGCAGUCUUCACUCAUGUACCCAUUGGGCUUUAGUUGAACACUGUCAUAAGGACUAAAUAUGUAACAUUGUUUUAUGACAGUGGUAUGUAGGCCUUAUGAUAGUGUUCAAGUAAAGGGCUACAUGUUGAAGUGCAAGUGCUAAAGUGCAAUUAGUCCAACAUUUUGUUAAGUUGCAUUUGGAAUAUUUUUUUAAACCUUAGGUACUCUGUACCUGCGACCAGAGGGGUGGAGCUGGAAUUCAGGGUGGAGUGCGUGGGAAGAGUUGAACGCUAUUUUAUUAACCUUCUGGAGGGCUCUGCCCAGGUAGAGAGAUGAUUGCUGUUUCUGCCCCAAGACCGGACUAUCUUGCCUAACCUAUUUUUCAACCUUGGCAUUCCCAAACCAGCUGUUUGUUUUAGGUUAUUUGUUGUUGAAUAUCCAGGCGUUUCGUUUGGGCAGUUGAUCAAUAUUCAGCUCUGUUUAAGCAGAAAGCAGGAGGUUUUAAUUUGAUGAGAUAUGAAAAAGCCAUUCUAAUCCUAGCCUAAGUUCAAUCAAAGGUACCUAUUGCUUCUGUCCUCAGUGCUACGGGUCUGACAUGAAUACAAGUUAGGUGAUAAGAUACGUUCUUUAGUCAGCCUGGGUACCAUAGUUACUAUACGUUACAACAUAACCAUUCUCUAAGGGCAGAAUCCUAACUAGAGAAGCGUCAAUUUAGGUUUCAGGCUUAAGCUCUUGUGAGCACACGACUCUGUUGGCAUGUUAAGGGAUAUUUAACCUAUUUCACUGAAACCUAAAAGUAUAGUUUGGAGUGAACUAUGCCUUUAACAUAUUCAUGACUUUGCAGUAUCAUAAUGGCAUCAUUGCAGUACAUGCUUUUGCAUUUGACCAGGUAUGGAUCAUUUGUGUAAAUGUACAGUAUGUGUGUGUGUAUGUAUGAUAUUGUGUGUGUGUGUAUAAUAUAUUGUAUAUAUUCAAACAUUGUUAAUUUCCCAACCAUGGGUUGGGGUCGAUGUUAAUGAGUUGACUUGACUCACUGAAGUGUCUGACUGGUUUCCAAAUCAAUUCAAACUUUAUUUGUCACAUGCGGCGAAUACAACAAGUGUAGACCUUACCAUGAAAUGCUUACUUACAAGCCUUUAACCAACAGUGGAGUUCAAGAAGAGUUAAUGGUUAAUGGUGUGUUAAUGAGUUUGUCUUUCAGCCUGUCCUACUGCAUCACUUGCAGCCAUCCAUCCCUCAUCACGUCACUCUCUGUAUGAAACUACACUUCUGUUAAAAAUAGGAAACUUUGCCUGUGUGUUACUAAAGUAUUUAUGUUGUGUGUUCUGUUGUUGUGUCUGCUACAGGGAUGUAGUUGUAGGAAAACAUGAAGGUGGCUAAACACUAGCUGGUUGAGAUAACAGAGAGAGUAACAUAAACACUACAGGUAACAAUGCUCAUUUGGUGGAACAGCCAGGUGUGUUAACAACACAAUUCACAAAAUAACCAGUGGUGUAGUCUGUGUUUAGGUGUGUUUCCACUCCACUACAUCCCUGCUGCUGUUCUGUGGACGAGCAGCCAUGUUCAUCUGGGUCAAAGAUGACUGUAUCAUUCUGGUGAGUUCCUUGUUCUGUGGGCAGACGUCCGUCCGUUCUUCUGGGUAAUUUUGAUGGGGCAUGCAGUGGUGAAAUGACUGUACUGUACGGAGCUACAGACAUGCUAUAGAUUAGGACUAUUCAUCUCCAGCCCCUCCAGGUCCCUCCACAGUACUGCUGGUUUCCUCUUCUCCCCUUCUGUCCCUCUUCUCACUGAUCAAUAUAUCAAAGUAUAGUGCUUUUUUACAAAAACAUUUGUCACAAAGUGCUUAACCGUAACCUGAUCUAGACACAGAAAUAACAAGCAUGUCAUUGAUUGGCCAGAUAAUCCACUGACCGUGUCUGAAUCAGUCCCUGAUUAGAGGGGAAGGAUGAAAACCAGCAGUUCUGUAGUUAGUAGAUCAUGAGGCCCAGGUUUGAAUAGCCCUGCUAUAGACAAUACAUGGAGGUGUGUGUUAAAUCAUUUGUCAAAUACCUGUCCUUGAUCUGAUUUACUUUGACUAGGGAAGGUUACCAGGUGCAAUGUGAAGUAUAUAGAGGUAGGUUCCACUGGGAUCUACACGUAAUGUAUUCAAUAAAGAGUUACAUUCUCUAACAA